AAGUUUUAACAACCCUAAUUUAUCUGGAUCCUUCUUCUCUUCUUCUUCUCCAUAUUUCUUAUCUCCUUUCUCCAUUUUCAAUCAUCGCACUUCUCUCUCUAUUUCAUGAGCUGAUUUUUAAUGGCGAACUGUCUUCGUACUGGUCCUCCAUCGAGGCCUUCCCUUUCCGUUUCAAAAGGCUCCAUAUCGCCCCAACAAUCGCCAACGGGUAUAAUAUGCAGAGUACCCGUUUGUGUUAACGGUAAUUUUUCUAAAAGGCCAGUAAGACUUGUUGCCAAUGGCUCAGUUUGUGGAGUUAGAUUGGAACAAAAAAAAUACGCAAGGAAUUACCAGCAAGGCAAGGUUGUCUGCUUGUUUGGUGGCAAAGAUAAGUCUGAGGGAAACAAGGAGCCAUCGUGGUCUUUUGAGAAAGUAAUGCAAAAUUUCAAGGGACAAUCGGUGGAAGAUGUUCUAAAUCAGCAGAUUAAAAAACAAGAAUUUUAUGAUGGAGGCAGUGGGAAAAUUCCACCUCGUGAUGGCGGUGGCAGCGGUGGGGAUGGCUCUGGGGGAUCUGAAGAUGGAGGACUUGCAGGAGUUAUGGAUGAAACUCUUCAAGUAGUUUUAGCUACCAUUGGAUUCAUCUUUCUGUAUGUUUACAUUAUCAAUGGUGAGGAGUUGACUCGUCUAGCGAAAGACUACAUCAAGUAUCUAUUAAAAGGUAGUCAGAGUGUCCGAUUAAGGAGAGCAAUGAACAAGUGGAAAAAGUUCUACCAGCAACUUACAGAGGUAGAGUUGGUUGAUAAGUUUUGGCUGGAAAAGGCAAUCGUCAACACCCCAACUGUGUAUAACAGCCCUUCAAAGUAUCGACAAAUCAUUAAGACUUUGCAACAAUCAGUUGCUGAUGAGUAAGCUGUUUCUGAAAUAGUUUUUCAGUGGAAAAUUAUGGUGUCGUAUUGUUGGUUUGGGGGAGCAGUUUUGUAUAGCAUUUAAAAUAUGAAGUUGGGAGCAGAGUUUAGAUUGUUGUGGGCAAUAUGAAAUAAUGAUUCUUGUAGUUCAUAGUUUGCAGCUAAUUCAUUAAUCUUUUUAGUAUUUA